UACAACAACAAGAAGGGAGAGGAAACUGACCGUCCCCUGUAUUUUGCAGCUUUUGUAUCGCCUAAGACGAGGACUUCUUUCCGUUCUUGUCGUUUCCUCAUAUCGGCCGAUAAAUCUUUUCUUCUCAGUUAAACCUCCUUUUUUACUUUAUAUACUUCCAAGCUUUAACUCUGGUUUUACGGGCGCUUCAACUUUUUGUGCUUCACUUUCCGUCGCUUAAACUCUCUUUGAAAGUUGAAGAAUUUUUAGGAUGACUAAGAGUGAAGACUCUGGUAGUCCUGGAUGGAGAGCUUCAUUUUUCAUGCCGAGCACUGAAGACGUUGCAAGAGCUGUAGCUGCCGCAGCUGCUGCUGCCACUGCUGCUAAUUCUCCCCGACCAUCUGUAGUUUUCUCAUCAAAAGAUGAGAACGGUGGUAGUCAAUUCCAGAAACUGCAGCGCCAAGUUACAAGAGUACUGAAAGGCAUCUCACAUCCUCCCGAAGAGCGGAAAACUGGAACUUACAAUCCAGAAGUUCUAACCAGCCAAAAGCGUCAAUGGGCAAGCUUUCAGUUGCAGUACUUGGUUCAUAGGUCCUUAAAAGAGCCAUCAAGGCUUUUUGAGAGCAUGGUAGUUGUUGGACUUCAUCCUAAUUGUGACAUUCAGGCUCUUUAUAGGCAAUAUAUUGCUAGAAAGUCUGAAGGUUCUGGUAAACUGCGAAGCGCUUUCAAUUAUCAGAAUUAUUCUCGUGUAGAACCCAAUCUUGAACCUCAGGUCUUAUUUGCUUACCCCCGAGAAAAACAGCUGCCACUUAAAUAUAAGGAUCUUCUUUCAUUCUGCUUUCCUGGAGGUGUGGAGGUUCAUGCUGUUGAGAGAACACCCUCUAUGAGUGAGUUAAAUGAAAUUCUUCUUGGGCAGGAACACUUAAAACAAAGCGAUUUAUCAUUUGUAUUCCGGCUACAGGCUGAUGAUUCAACCUUGUAUGGAUGCUGUAUGUUAGUCGAGGAAAUAGUGCAAAAACCCUCUGGAUUGCUUUCCAUAAUUUCUGAUAAGCAACCUGCCUGCCCAACUUUGGGCCAUCAUUUGCUGACCACACGGAGAUGUUAUUGCAUUCUUUCAAGGCUUCCAUUCUUUGAGUUACAUUUUGGUGUUUUAAAUAGCAUCUUUGUGGAAGAAAGAUUGGAACGGUUAAUGAAAGGCAUGGAAGAUUUAGAUUUUGGAUCCUUGGGCAAGGAAGAAAAUUUAGAUGAUAUGCCGUUGGAUCAAACAGCUGUAGAGGACUUGGUGAAUGGAACAGCUGAGAUUUCUGAAUUAAAUGUGGGUGUUUCAACAUCUGGAAGAAUUACUGAUGGUGGUAGUCACCUGGAGAAUCAGAUACUUGAGGGGGAUGUUGACUUGUUGAAAAAGGGUGUCAAUGAUGAUGCUGCCUCUCCAAUAGAUUUCGAACCUAAGAUGAUUAGAACUGAAGGAGAACCAGGUGGUGCAAACCUUGAAGAUUUUCACAGCAAUCCAGACAAUUUCUCUACAAACAAGCAAGCAGUAGAAAGACGUUUACCAAAUGCUGUCCUGCCACUCCUGCGUUAUUAUCAGUAUGAAAGCUCUGAUUCCUCCCCCAGUUUUCAGGGUUCUCCCUGUGAAGACAGGAAUUUUAGGAGUGAUGUUGAUGAUACAGAGACAGACGAAACAUCUGUCUCUGGGCAGGAAGAUUCUGGUGAUAAUAUUGAUAUUCUUGAAUGGGCUAAGGCAAAUAACCAUGGAUCAUUGCAAAUUUUGUGUGAGUAUUACCACUUACGUUGCCCUGCAAGGGGUGCAAAACUUCGUUUUCAUCCAUUGGAACACCUUCAUCCCUUGGAAUAUCAUAGACCAGAUGAAACGGUCUUACACACUGCUGGAUCAACUAUUGAUUUGAGAUCAUGCAGUUCUAGUCUGGAAUUUGUGGAGGUAGAUGCUCACAGUGCACUCUGGGCAGAGGAGGAAGCUACUGCACUGUCAACAUGGACUGUUGCUUGCUUAUGUGGAUCCUUGCGGCUUGAAAAUGUGUUAACAAUGUUUGCAGCAGCCUUGCUGGAGAAACAAAUCAUUGUUGUUUGUUCUAAUUUGGGAAUCUUAUCUGCGUCAGUUUUGUCUAUUAUCCCUCUAAUACGUCCCUACCAAUGGCAAAGCCUGCUAAUGCCAGUUUUGCCAAAUGACAUGCUGGACUUCCUUGAUGCACCUGUUCCAUACAUAGUUGGUGUAAAGAACAAAACCAGUGAAGUGCAGUCAAAGUUGACCAGUGCCAUUCUGGUUGAUGUGAACAAGAACCAGGUAAAGGCACCAUCAAUACCACAAUUACCACAACACAAGGAGUUAUUUGCAUCCUUAAGUCCUUAUCAUGCAAAGCUUGUGGGAGAAAGUUAUUUGGGGAAGAAAAGACCAGUUUAUGAAUGCACAGAUGUGCAGAUUGAAGCUGCAAAGGGUUUUCUAGCAGUGUUAAGAUCUUAUUUGGAUUCACUUUGCUCUAAUCUUCGCUCGCAUACAAUUACAAAUGUACAAUCAAAUAAUGAUAAGGUGUCAUUGCUUUUAAAGGAGAGUUUCAUCGACUCAUACCCUAGUCGUGAACGACCAUUUAUGAAGCUUUUUGUGGACACACAGCUUUUCUCUGUACAUACGGAUCUUGUUCUCUCAUUUAUCCAGAAGCAAUAGUGCUGUUAUGCAA